CAUACACCCUGGGUAAACCUAACAGGAUGCAAGAAGCCAUCUGAACUGCACAUUUUAGACCCACGGGAACCCCUUCUCUCUGCCCUGCCCAGACAAUGAAGGCUCCUCCAGUCAUGUUGAUAAAAAGGAUCUUACUGUACAUCCUUCUACUAAUGCUGGCUCAGAGCAACUAUCAAGUUUAUGGAUUUGAUGACAGUGAUUGUCCAGUUGAAAUUCAUGUUAGAAGACACUCUGAGUACAAAAUUAAAGUCGGAAACUCUUUGAUUAUAGGCUGUCCAGUUCAUUACUGCAAGAAAAAGCCAGUCAUGGAGUGGUGCAAGAUAGAGGUGGAUAUAUGUGUGCAGUUGAAGGAGGGCAAAGCAGAAUGGAAGUCCAGUGUGUUUACUCUGGAGGUUUUCCCAGUUCAUCAGAAUGAUAGUGGACUUUAUCGUUGUCGAGCAACAGUGGACAAAUUUUUCAGUGAAAGCCAUGGCAUUACAGUAAUUGUUGAAGAAAAUUCUGAAAACAUUAUCACAAUCUCACCAGAAAAUGUCACUAGCAUCUUAGAAGAUUCCCAAGAAUCUGGAAACUACAAGACAUUGCACAUUAUUUAUGCUUCAGCAUCUCUGGGUGUCUGUUGUCCAUUCAUCGUUUUAUGCAUGUUUUGGUGUCUAAGGAGGCACCAUGCAAAGCAAAAGAGAACUCCAUUAACCCAACAGAGACAAGAGAGCCUGGUCAGAAGUCCAGCAGCUGCUCCAUCCCACGCUGCUGGGACAUCUCAAGCUUCAGAAGAAAGCUCCUCACUUUACUAUUGCUCCAUGGCUAGCCCACUGCAGGCCUUGCAUGGCAACAUAAUUUAUGACAACAAUGUCCCUCCCUGGAACGCUCAGAGGACAGCACCUAACACACAUUGCAAUGAUCCUGUUAUUCCUUCCAUCCCGGUUUUACUUGAAAGCUCAGAUGCCCUCACAUAUGCUGCACUAAAUCAUUCUGCUUCUCCAGAAAGAUGCCAGAGAAGGGAACUAACCGUAGAAAACGAGUUUACAGAAUAUGCCUCCAUUAAUGUAAAUAAAUAAAUGUGGCAAGGAGUUCUCCAGACAACCAUUUUGUGUGCAGUUCUAGCUUCCCUCCAGGAUGUUGUUCCUUACUCUUUCGGGAAAACUUCUGUUUUGUUAAGAAGAACCUAUGGAUGCUCCCCUGUAAUGCCAGAAUUCAAAACACAGCCCAUGUCAAUAGGUGGGUAUUUGCAUUGUGUGUUUUUCUCUUAAAUGCAGGAAUAAAACCAAAUAGUCAGCUUU